AUGGCAGCCAUUGCUGGUGGCCCAGUCCAACCUCCACGACCCCCCCUCUCCAGAGAGGCUCGCAAAAUAUCCCACUCUCGAUCGGUUACAGAAACCUCAAUUGACCGUAGGCAGGAGGAGGCUUUGACUAGCUCUCCAGAAGAAAGUGACAGAGAUGAUGAGCCCCCGGUCAGGCAUCCCAUGGUCCGCAAGAAGUCUGGGGAACUGGUGAGGCCAGCCCUUCGCCCACCUUCGGCUCGGCGGCGCCCAUCUAGCAUGCCGGGGACUCCAACUUACGCAAAGGCUGUUCACUUCGACGCUCAGCUGGAACAUAUUCGUCAUUUUCUACAAUUGGAUAAGCCUCAAGCCGUGAGUGCCGACACAUCACCAGUGGAGGACUUUGACACAGCAGAGGAAUUUCCGUUCAAGAAGGGUCAUCGGGACAUGCCCGCUUUUGAGUGGGAGCUGGGUCUGUCGAACUUCCCCAAAGACAGCUCCUCUCGGGCUAAGCAACGCGUUCGAUUGGAACGCCUGCACUUGUCUUCAGAUAAAAACACCAUGAUCGGAGUCGUUGGGGUCGCCAACCUGGCUUUCCACAAGCACGUUGCCGCUCGGUUCACUCUUGAUAAUUGGAAGACUGUUUCUGAAGUCUCCGCUGAGUACAAUGACGACCCUCGACGAAAGCCUAUUCUGGAUGGCUAUGAUAGGUUUGCUUUUAGUAUCCGGCUGGAUGAUCAGGCAAAUUUGGAGAGGAAAACCAUGUUUAUCUGCAUUCGCUACAAUGUUGCUGGAGAGGAGUAUUGGGACAACAACAACUCAGAAAACUACCAAGUCAAUUUUCGCAGAGUACCAAAAGAAAUGCCCCAGGCCCAGGCUCCACCCACGCGUCCUCGUACAAAUUUGCCGAGGAGCAGGAGCUUUGCUGGAUCUAUCAGCCGCCCACACUCAAUGCCGCCUUCAUUUGAUGCGUUGUCUGAGAUGGACAAGUACAUUUCGUUUGGCAACCCACCAACAAAUGGCAAGAAGGAGCAUUUGGCUGAUGAUGAUCCGCAUGACGUUGAAUUGGUUGCUCCGAUCCGUCGCGAUAAGCAAAACCACCAGGUGUUUGGGAAUCGCUACGAUUUCGAAGCCUCAUUGACGGCAGCUAUGCGGACCAAGCCUACUCACGAUCGCACGACAUUGACAGCUCGAGCAAAGUCGAAACUUCCGUCGCAUGGUAGUCAUAGCCAUUCGUCGGAACGGAGAACAAGCCAGAGGGAGGAGAACGCGCCUUUGCCUAGCAGAGGUAGCCAGCAGCCGGGGUCCCCAGACCACCAUAAACCCUCUACCAUCGUUUCUGGCAAGCCGCAUCGCGAGUCGUCGGUGUACAAAGAGUUGGUUGAUAAAUACUGCUUCUUCGGAUCCGGAUCGAUGAAUUACCCAAAUGGUGCAGUUGGUCCUGUCACGGCAAGUCCGGACUAUGAGACCCGGUCGGGCUCUAGUAGCAGUUCCAGCUCGGUGUCUCCAUGCUCAUCUCCUCGGAUGGAUGCGGUUUAUGGUGGCGAUUCUCGACACUCUCCUGCCGCCCCAUCGUCACCGAACCAUAUCGGAUAUGGAUACCUUCAGCCUAUGCAGAACAGUUUUAUGAAGGAUACGCAGACACCUGCUAUCAUCCAAGGAUGA